CCAUCCGCUUCCUCAGGUUGGAUCUACAGAGUAGGGAAGUCGCUUAUGGGUCCUGUGAAGUAAGCAAAGCAUUGGAUUGAUUGUAAAGUGAGUGGUCCUGCCUGCACUCUGAGGGAAGGGUGAACUACUGCUGGAGGAAAAUGCCAUCCAACAAAUCUGUGUCCGAUGCUCCCAUCACCCAGUUUGUCAACUGCAUGAUCCUGAGAGACCACAAGCUCCAGAGAGAGGACCUGUGGGUUCGUGAAGGAAGGAUUUUAGACCCAGAGAAGCUGUUCUUUGAUGAGCAGGGUUAUGCCGACAAGCGCGUGGACUGUGGAGGCAACAUCAUUGCCCCUGGCUUUAUUGAUGUCCAGAUCAAUGGAGGAUAUGGCAUCGACUUCUCUCAAGCCUCUGAAGAUGUCAGUGGUGGGAUUUCCUUUGUAGGCAAGAAGAUCCUGGAACAUGGUGUAACAUCCUUCUGUCCCACCUUGGUCACCUCUCCUCCUGCUGUCUACCACAAGGUCCUGCCGAAUAUCAAAGUUUACAAUGGAGGACCACAUGGAGCUGGGGUUCUGGGUUUUCAUCUGGAGGGCCCAUUCAUCAGUGUGGAGAAGAGAGGAGCCCACCCAGAGCACUGUCUUCGUACCUUUAAGUAUGGAGGGUUACAGGACCUGAUGGAGGCUUACGGCAGUUUAGAUAAUGUUGCCAUGGUGACGCUAGCCCCCGAGCUGGCCAAGAGCCAAUCAGUGGUGCAGGAGCUCUGCCAGAGGGGUAUCACUGUGUCCUUAGGCCACUCAGUUGCAAACCUGUCCCAAGCUGAGGAGGCUGUUCAGCACGGAGCCUCCUUCAUCACCCACCUCUUCAAUGCCAUGCUGCCUUUCCACCACCGAGAUCCAGGAAUAGUGGGUCUGCUGACCAGUGACCAGAUCCCUGCUGGCAGGACAGUGUACUAUGGUAUGAUUGCAGAUGGGAUCCACACCAACCCUGCUGCCCUGCGCAUUGCCCACAGAGCACACCCCUUAGGCCUGGUGUUGGUGACAGAUGCCAUUACAGCUAUGGGCCUUCCUCCUGGUCGCCACACUCUGGGCCAGCAGGUCAUAGAGAUCCAGGGUCUUCACGCUUAUGUGGCAGGCACUACGACGCUCUGUGGCAGCAUCGCUACAAUGGAUAUGUGUGUACGGCACUUCAAACAUGCUUCAGGAUGCAGUGUAGAAGAAGCUCUUGAAGCCGCUUCGCUCCACCCUGCUCAACUUCUAGGCAUCAGCAAUCGAAAAGGAAAACUGGACUUUGGCUCAGAUGCAGACCUGGUUUUUCUGGACGAUGCCCUCAACAUCCAAGCCACUUAUAUUUCUGGAGAGGAAGUUUGGAGAAAAUGAGCUGAGAUGAACCCUGUUGAUAGAAACUGGCCCAACAUCGACACUGUGACCAGCUGUGACCCUCCAAGCCUUUAAGGAAUGCUGUUUCCCACGGAUCAUUCAGAGCUACAAAACCGCACUCCUGUUGCAGUUUUUUUUUU